AUGACCUUCUUAUGGGGCAAGAACUCGGAGAUCCUCUUCAUGGGCUGGCCCGGCACCAGGGGCAGCAUGUAUGCCCUCGCUCUCGGCGUUGGCCUCGCCUACCUCGUGAUGCUUGCGGUCAUGUCGGUCAUGUCAUUCCUGCUCUUCGAUAGCACGACGUCUCAGAAGACGCCGCUACAGUCGGCUGGCGGUGGCAUACGAGGAAAUCUUAUCUUCGGCCAGCGACCAAUGCCGCUGAGAAAAGAAAAGCUUCGCCCUUCCAAUCCUUAUCUUCUUCACCGCGAUAGUCUUCGUUGA